AUGACGGAGAAGAUUGUCAUGGGUUGGAAACGACUAUCUUUGGUUAUAAAGAUUACCAUGGCAACAAUACGGUUUCUUGGAGCAUCAACAUACAGCGGUAUCAACCGAAAACUUAUUACGAAAUCCAAGAUGGCGGAAGAAAACUCCGAUAUUUUGCUUGGUUCGGUACAAUUUGUCCUAAGCAAUUGGUCAGUUUUACAACUCGCUGUUGAAAAUAGUUUUGGAGGUGCAGAUACUACAGAAAAAGCAAAAUGGAUGGUAGAUGUUGUAAACCAAGUGUUGCGAGAUAACAAUACUAUAGAAAACUAUGAAUUAGAGGAUUACAUUGAGGAGAUAUUGUUUAAUGAAUUUGACACUAUGGUGGAAGAUGGUAGUUUAUCAAAGGUUGCACAAAAAUUAUGUGAAUUUCACAGACUAUGGAAGGAAGGAAAAUUACUGCAGAUGCAACAGCAAAUAAGCUCAGCUCCUGUAAAAAAGUUUACACCUGCAGUCAAAAGCAAAGCAUCAGCAGCUCAUAGUGAUAGUGAUGAUGAUGACAAUGAUGAGGAACAAUUGAGGGGUACUGAAGUUCCCUGUAAUGGUUAUCACAAGGAUGACAGAUCAAACAGUUCAACCAUCAAUCAGCAAUUUAAUGGACUUAACAUCUCAGAGAAUAGUGCACAAUGUCAGCCCAGCUGCUCACAAACAGGAGCAACAGGAAAUGAGGUGUCUAGUG